AUGCUGUGGCCUCCUACGCUUGCGCAAUGCGCGCGAGGCUACAUCAGAACUUCCCAGAAACUCAGAUCAUGCGCUCUCCGAGAUGCCGCCAUUCUCCGACGAUAUUAUGCCCACGAAACUAUUCCUCCCCUUACUAUCUCUAAUGUUGACCGAAAUGGGACACUCGCUCGGAGUGCGAGCCCGAGAUAUAAUGAAAUUGGUGUACAACAAUUGAGUGACCUCCUCCAUCCUCAAAUUUUCCCGGCAGGGGACACGCGACCACCCCCAGAUCUUGUUGAAUUGUCCAAAGACCACCUGCAACGGCAUGGUUUGCUCGGAAAGAAUCAGGAUAAUUCACCGGCAAUUGGAGUCGAUGUCCCACCUUUACACGGCACCAGUUUAGACGAACACUUUACAAAGCUUGGUCUUAACGGCUCGGAGCCAUACUUGUCGUAUGGCAAGGCCUUCGUCAAGGCAAAUACUCCGCAAAGACCUCGGAAAUGGGUGAUCAGAAGUGGAUGGACAAAAUACAAUUCUGAUAUGACUACGGAAGAGGUAGAUGCGCCGGAUGAAGCUAUGCUCUCAUUUGACGUAGAAACAAUGUGGAAGGAAACACCGUUCGCCGUCAUGGCCACUGCUGCCAGUCCCACUGCCUGGUAUGCUUGGAUAUCACCCUGGCUGUUGGGAGAGUCGGAUAAUCCGAGACAAUUGGUGCCGCUAGGUGAUCCGACCAAGCCCCGGAUCGUUGUUGGUCAUAACAUCGGCUAUGAUCGGGCACGAGUGAAAGAGGAGUACGAUCUCAAACAAUCUCGAAACUUUUUCAUCGACACCAUGUCUCUCCAUGUCGCCGUCAACGGCAUGUGCUCGAGACAGCGACCGACCUGGAUGAAGCACAAGAAGAAUAGGGAUCUAAGAGAUAAAAUGUCGGGGGAUCACAAUUCUGUUGAGCUUCAAAGGAUGCUUGAGAGUAAAUUGUUGAGUGAAGAGGAGGAGGAAUUAUGGGUGGGACGAAGCUCUGUCAAUUCUUUGCGCGACGUUGCCAAAUUCCACUGUGGCGUCACAAUCGACAAGAGCCAGAGAGACUACUUUGGUGAACUUGAUCGAGAUGGAAUCCGUGAAAGAAUUGAGGAGCUUCUUGACUAUUGUGCCGCCGAUGUUGCUAUCACGCACCGAGUUUUCCAAAAAGUAUUCCCGAACUUUUUGGAAACCUGUCCGCACCCGGUCAGUUUUGGGGCGCUGAGACACUUGUCAUCGGUCAUAUUACCUGUCGAUAAGUCGUGGGACGAAUACCUCGAACGAGCAGAGAAUAUAUACCAACAAAGACUAAAAGACGUCGAGCAGAGACUCGUACAGUUGUCAGAAGCUGCUCUGGCCGUCAAAGAUCAACCAGAAGUCUACAAAAAUGAUCCAUGGCUCAAUCAGCUGGACUGGUCAGGUCAAGAGAUCAAGUACAAGAAGGCAAGGAAAAAGGACGAAGAGCCGGUCCCGGUUGCUCGGCAGAAGAAACCAGGUGCACCGAAUUGGUACAGAGAUUUAUUCGCGACAAACAACGCUCCGCUGAACCUGACUGUGCGGACCCGAAUCGCGCCGAUCUUGCUGAAACUUUCUUGGGACGGCUAUCCCCUGAUUUGGUCUGACAAACAUGGGUGGACGUUCCGAGUUCCUAAUAAAGACGUCGACAAAUAUGAACACAGCAAUGUUGUUCUCUGUGACAUGUCGGAGGAGACCAACGAGACUUUGAAAUCGGACUUCCAAAACACCUACUUCAAACUUCCCCAUAAGGAUGGGCCAGCUGCUCGAUGUGCUUCACCCCUGGCCAAAGGCUACUUGCAAUAUUUUGAAGCAGGAACUUUGUCUUCACAAUUUGCUUUGGCGAAAGAAGCUUUGGAGAUGAAUGCGUCAUGUUCAUAUUGGAUUUCAGCACGAGAUCGUAUCAUCUCCCAGAUGGUCGUGAACGAAUCGGACCGAGACCCUGCGUUGACUGGAAAGUCCGAGCAAGGAUUCAUCCUUCCUCAAAUCAUCCCUAUGGGUACAAUUACACGACGCGCGGUGGAGAAUACCUGGCUCACCGCUUCCAACGCAAAAGCCAACCGAGUGGGCUCUGAACUGAAAGCUAUGAUCAGGGCGCCACCAGGAUAUUGUUUUGUCGGCGCUGAUGUUGACAGUCAGGAACUCUGGAUUGCUUCACUUGUGGGUGAUGCCCAAUUCCAGCUUCAUGGCGGAAAUGCCAUUGGCUUCAUGACGCUGGAGGGAACCAAAGCUGCCGGGACGGAUCUUCAUUCUAAAACCGCGAGAAUUCUAGGAAUAUCCCGUAACGACGCCAAAGUGUUCAACUAUGGUCGCAUCUAUGGGGCCGGCCUCAAGUUCGCUGCAACGCUUCUCCGGCAAUUCAACCCUGCUUUGCCCGAGGAGCAGACAACCGAGAUUGCCUCAAAACUCUACAAAGAGACCAAAGGAACACGAACCAGACGCAAAGCAUUGGGAAAUGGUUCUUUUUGGAGAGGAGGAACCGAGUCAUUCGUCUUCAACAAACUUGAAGAAUUCGCAGAGCAAGAACGUCCCCGAACACCGGUUCUGGGAGCCGGCAUAACCGAAGCUUUGAUGCGACGAUUCAUCAACCAAGGUUCUUUCAUGACGUCUCGCAUCAACUGGGCCAUUCAGUCCUCUGGUGUUGACUACUUGCAUCUACUCAUCAUCAGUAUGGACUACUUGAUCCGACGUUUCAAUCUCGAUGCUCGACUCGCCAUCACCGUGCACGAUGAAAUCCGAUACCUCGUCAAACACGAAGAUCGAUACAAAGCUGCUCUAGCACUGCAAAUCUCCAACUUAUGGACACGAGCCAUGUUCAGUCAACAGAUGGGAAUUGAAGAUCUCCCACAAUGCUGUGCGUUCUUUUCAGCCGUGGAUAUCGACCACGUGCUCCGCAAGGAAGCGGACAUGGACUGUGUGACGCCCAGUCAUCCGGAAAUGAUCCCUCACGGCGAGAGUCUGGAUAUCAAUCAACUUUUGGCCAAGGGAGAAGAAGCUGUCUUGGACCCUGCCAUCGUACCAAAAGACGGUCCAAUUGACUUGGACAAGUACGUCUAUACACCACGGCAAAGUGUCAUGUCGAUGCUCAGUGGAUCGAAUGACGUGGCAUAUAUCCGUGCCCAAAUCACCAAUGACGAGAAGGAAUUGAAAUCUAUCGUCAAAGACGUCGAGAAGGAGUCUUCUUCCUCUAGAAACAACUACUCCAAGACGUCAACGGGGACACAGUCCGCGACGCCGAAAAGUUUUAGCCUCUCUCGUGGUCGCCGGCCGAAACCGAAAGUCCCGAUCCCGCCUCACGCGCAGCCUCAGCGUGCGGUGUUAAUGGAGGUCGAAGACCGUUGGACCGCUGGGUAUCAGAAGGCCCUCGGCACCGGUUUUGGCACCAGUCAUAAACCUUGGUUGACGGAGCGGAAGGCCGAGUGGACAAGUCGUUGGGCGAAUGAUGGGUGGGAAGUAUAG